AUGCCGGCUCUGCCAGCGCUGCUGCUGUCGAUUUACUUCCUCUUACUGUUGCUGACCAUGGCCCCGCUCUCUUUCACCCAGGCUCCCGCGCUCUCCUCCGUCAGAAUGGCGGCCAUUUUGGACGACCAGUCGGUGUGUGGGCGAGGGGAGCGGCUAGCGCUGGCCCUGGCCAGGGAGAACAUUAACAGUUUUUUUGAGGGCCAGUCCAGAGCCCGGGUGGAGGUGGACAUCUUCGAGCUGCAGAAGGACUCACAGUACGACACCACCGAUACCAUGUGUCAGAUAUUGCCGAAGGGGGUGGUCUCUGUGAUUGGCCCCGCCUCCAGUCCUGCCUCAGGGUCAACUGUCAGUCACAUCUGUGGGGAGAAGGAGAUCCCUCAUGUGAAGGUGGGCCCGGAGGAAACGCCCAAACUCCCAUACCUCCGCUUCGCCUCGGUCAGCCUCUACCCCAGCAACGAGGACCUGAGCCUGGCUAUAGGUGCCAUCCUCCGCUCUUUCAGCUACCCCACCGCCAGCCUCAUCUGCGCCAAGGCAGAGUGCCUGCUGCGAUUGGAGGAGCUGGUGCGGCGCUUCCUGAUCUCCCGGGAAACACUGUCCGUUAGGAUGCUGGACGAAAGCCUGGACCCCACCCCCCUGCUAAAGGAGAUCAGAGACGAUAAAGUGGCUACUAUCAUCAUCGACGCCAAUGCUUCCAUCUCCUACCUCAUCCUCAGAAAGGCAUCAGAACUGGGGAUGACAUCAGCGUUUUACAAGUACAUACUCACCACAGUGGACUUUCCCCUGCUGCGAUUGGACGACGUGGUGGAUGACCAAUCCAACAUCGUAGGUUUCUCCAUGCUCAACAGCAGCCAUCCCUUCUACCUGGAGUUCAUCAGGAGUCUCAACCUGUCCUGGAGGGAGGGCUGUGACCUCAGCCCCUACCCCGGCCCGUCGCUGUCGUCGGCUCUCAUGUUUGAUGCGGUGCAUGUGGUGGUGGGGGCGGUGCGUGAGCUCAACCGGAGUCAGGAGAUUGGAGUGAAGCCGCUCAGCUGUACCACUCCUCAGAUCUGGCAGCAUGGCACCAGCCUGAUGAACUACCUGCGCAUGGUGGAGUAUGAUGGGUUGACCGGCAGGGUGGAGUUUAACAGCAAAGGCCAGAGGACAAACUACACCCUGAGAAUCCUGGAGAAGCACCGUGGCGGUCAUAAAGAGAUCGGGAUCUGGUACUCUAACAACACGUUGGCGAUGAACUCGACGUCUCUGGACAUCAACAUGUCGGAGACGUUGGCUAACAAGACGCUCAUCGUCACCACCAUAUUGGAGAACCCGUAUGUGAUGCAUAAGUCCAACUACCAGGAGCUGCAGGGAAACGACCGGUACCAGGGCUUCUGUGUGGACAUGCUAAGAGAGAUGUCGGACUUGUUGAAGUUCUCCUUCAGGAUCAAGCUGGUGGAGGACGGGCUGUACGGAGCGCCUGAACCAAAUGGUUCCUGGACAGGCAUGGUGGGAGAGCUCAUCAAUAGGAAAGCAGACUUGGCGGUAGCUGGGUUCACCAUCACCUCAGAGAGGGAGAAGGUCAUAGAUUUCUCCAAACCCUUCAUGUCUCUGGGCAUCAGCAUCCUGUACAGAGUCCAUCUGGGACGGAAGCCAGGUUAUUUCUCCUUCCUGGACCCGUUCUCUCCGGCCGUGUGGCUCUUCAUGCUGCUGGCCUACCUGGCUGUCAGCUGUGUGCUCUUCCUAGCCGCCAGGUUGAGUCCGUAUGAGUGGUACAACUCCCACCCGUGUCCUAUGGGGCGAAAGGACGUGCUGGAGAACCAGUACACCCUGGGCAACAGCCUGUGGUUCCCCGUGGGAGGCUUCAUGCAGCAGGGCUCUGAGAUCAUGCCCCGCGCCCUGUCCACGCGCUGCGUCUCCGGGGUCUGGUGGGCGUUCACUCUAAUCAUCAUCUCCUCCUACACGGCCAACCUGGCAGCCUUCCUUACUGUUCAGAGGAUGGAGGUGCCCAUCGAGUCUCCUGACGACCUGGCAGACCAGACAAACAUCCAGUAUGGCACCAUCCAAGGAGGCUCCACCAUGACCUUCUUCAUGAACUCGCGCUACCAGACGUACCAGCGCAUGUGGAACUACAUGCACUCCAAGCAGCCCAGUGUGUUUGUGAAGAGCACGGAGGAGGGCAUCGCCCGCGUGGUCAACUCUAAAUACGCCUUCCUGCUGGAGAGCACCAUGAACAAGUACCACCGCCGCCUCAACUGUAACCUCACCCAAAUAGGUGGUCUUCUCGACACCAAGGGCUAUGGCAUCGGCAUGCCCCUGGGCUCGCCAUUUAAAGAGGAGAUCACUCUGGGGGUGUUACAGCUGGCAGAGAACAACAGGCUGGAGAUCCUGAAGAGGAGGUGGUGGGAAGGGGGGAAGUGCCCCAAGGAGGAGGACCACCGAGCCAAGGGUCUGGGCAUGGAGAACAUCGGUGGCAUCUUCGUGGUGUUGAUCUGUGGCCUCAUCAUCGCCGUGUUCGUGGCCGUCAUGGAGUUUGUGUGGUCCACCCGCCGCUCGGCAGAGACAGACGAGGUACGCCCUCACUGCUGCCCCGGCCAAAACCACAGACACCCUCCAGUGUCAGUGUGUCAGGAGAUGCUGACUGAGUUCCGCAACGCCAUCUCCUGUAAGAAGAGCUCACGCUCUCGGCGGCGGCGUCCCUUGGCCAGCACUGGCGGUGUCUUGCGCCACCCCACUCGCCUCCAGCUGGGUGUCCCGAGACCCAUCCGCCUAGUCCGCGAGAUGCGCCUCAGCAACGGCAAGCUGUACAGCAGCUCGGGCCACCUGACUGGCGGAGGGGGAGCAGCAGGGGGGGGGUGCGGGGCCGUAGGGGGGGGGCCCUCAGACAUGGGCCCGGGGCCACAGCGCCUCCUGGAGGACCCGCUGGGUGCCAACACCACAACACCCCCUCCCCCGCCCGAGGCUGCCACGGCGCCACCCUCCCGGAGCUGUGCCAACGUGCGGAUCUGCCAGGAGUGUCGGCGCAUCCAGAGCCUGAGGUCAGCAUCGUCUUGCUCACGCAUCCCGCCCCACCUCGGCCCACACUCUUCCAUGUCCCUGCCCCGCCUCACUCCACCCCCGCCACCCUCCUCCACCAACACCGACAGCGAGGGGGGCGGCUGCGGCACAGCGAGCCCCAAUCGCCCCAAACCUAAGCCCACGCCUCCUCCGCGGCCCUUACCCCCGGCGAAAGCGCCCACCACAGACCUGCUGCUGGGGAAACAAGACUGA